UAUGACCGCUUUUCGGAUAUUCCUCGCUGAUACCGAGCAGGCGCCGUCGCGCUCGUCCGCUACCAGUGAUCCGCGGCGAACCGAGGGCUCGUCUUCCUCCAUCUUUUUCCCAGGACCUUUUCCGUUUCUUGGGAAAAAGAUAUUGGAAGCUAGAAAGAGAGGGGGUAAAAGAAGAAGAUGGCCACCUCCAUCGAUCUUGGUGCCCUUUUCCACGUCUGGCCCUCCUCUCCCUCCCCCUCUCGGCCCUUCUCCAGGCCCUACCUCUCUUCGCUCGCGUGCUGCGCGGCCGCCUCCCCCUCCAGCGGAGACCCUGAGGCGCUCCCGCUGGAGCGCACCGUGGUCCGCCUCGGCCUCCCCAGCAAGGGCCGAAUGGCCGAUGAAACCCUAAGUCUCCUCAAGAAUUGCCAGCUUUCGGUCAGGCAGGUGAAUCCGCGGCAGUAUGUUGCAGACAUGCCACAGCUGUCAAACUUGGAGGUGUGGUUUCAGCGUCCCAAAGAUAUUGUACGCAAAUUACGGUCAGGGGACCUAGACAUUGGUAUUGUGGGUUUUGACACUGUCAGCGAAUAUGGACAGGGAAAUGAGGAUUUAGUUGUAGUUCAUGAUGCACUUGAGUAUGGAGCCUGUCGUUUAUCACUUGCAAUUCCCAAGUAUGGGAUUUUUGAAAAUAUAAAUACCCUCCAUGAAUUAGCACAAAUGCCUCAAUGGACAGCGGAAAGACCUUUACGUAUUGUGACCGGAUUUUCAUAUCUGGGCCCGAAAUUUUUGAAAGAGAAAGGUCUAGACCAUGUCAGUUUCUCAACUGCUGAUGGAGCACUUGAGGCAGCCCCUGCGAUGGGCAUAGCUGAUGCUAUUAUCGAUCUUGUGAGUAGUGGAACGACCUUGCAUGAAAAUGAUCUGAAAGAAAUUGAAGGUGGGGUUGUUUUAGAAAGCCAAGCUGUAUUUGUUGCUAGCAGGAGAUCCUUAAACAUCCGGGAAGGUGUAUUGGAGAUUACUCAUGAGAUUCUUGAAAGACUAGAGGCACACCUGAGGGCAACUGGACAAGUUACGAUGGUUGCAAACAUGAGGGGAAACAGUGCAAAAGAAGUGGCAGAAAGAAUUCUUAGCCAGACAUCAUUAUCUGGGUUGCAGGGGCCUACCAUAAGUCCUGUGUAUUGUAAACGUGAUGGCAAGGUUGUAGUGGACUAUUAUGCAAUUGUCAUAUGUGUGCCCCAAAAGACACUAUAUAAGUCUGUGCAGCAACUGAGAUCAAUUGGUGGUAGUGGGGUCUUGGUCUCUGACUUGACCUACAUUUUUGAGGAAGAGACUCCAAGAUGGCGCAAACUUCUUUCGCAACUUGGAUUAUGACCCUUCAAGCACCAGUAGUUCUCGAUGUUCGGUGGUAGUUUUUUGUACCAUUAAUGGUUUUCAGAGUUCUGAUCAGAAAUUAAUCUAGGUGAGUUUUGGACAAAGUAUAUAUUUUAGUUAGAAAUUAUAGUCAUAGAGGUAAUUCCAUUUAAAGCUAAUUAAAUUUGCGGGAACUAAAUUGUAACUAGCUGCAUUACUAGUCUCUUGCUUCCAUAUCUAUGCUGUUGUUGUGCUUUCCAUAUCUAUGCUGUCGUUGUUUUUUCAUUAUUUUCUUUUUCAUGGUUUAAAAGUAUCUCGGAGAUUUAAUGCAGACUGGUUGCUGUGCUGCAACAUUAUGUUGGAUGCCUUAGUGAAACUCAGUACUUAUCAUUUGUUCCUCAAGUUGGGUUUCCUUUUUUUUUUUUUUGGUUUUUGAUACCUCCCUCCACUGUCUGUAAUGCUUGUAUCCAAAGGAAAAUCAUUUGUUGAUGUGCGGGUAAUAGUGUUUGUGGCUUACAAGCUCGUUCGAGCGGAUAAAUCUUUGAUAGAGUGAGACUGCUUUGCUGGUCACUGAUGACAGCCACUUGUUCAGAGCCAUCCCUGUUUUGACAAGAACCUCAAGUGAAAAUGUGAUUGUUAUUCAAGGGCAUUGUCCACUAGUUUAUUAGGUAGUCAGUUUUGGUUCAGUGUAUUAUUGCAUAACAUGAAAGUAUUACUAUCUUAUUUAUGCAGUAUUUUUUUUUAAAAAAAAUUACUGUGUUAU